AUGUUUUGUAGCGAAGCCAGUGUAAAACAGUAUUCAUGUUAUAUCAGUAUGUCUCGACCAUCAACCCCCACCAGAGAAAAUGGGAGGAAUGUGGAUACUACGAACAAUCAUCAGUUAAUUACGCCAGUGUCAGUCCCGUCAAAGAAAGUCGUGACAUUGAAAGAAGAUGAGUUACGGACGAUAAUACGUAAUGGCAAGUUGAACUCCAUCUUUGACUUACAAGAGCCAAAAACUCCGGAAAACAAAAUUGGAAAUGAGCAAGACUUACAGCAAGUGGCUUCUCCUACAUCGGAAUCAGAAUCUGAUACAGGAAAUGAACUAGUAAAUCCAUUUAUCGAAAGUGAAUAUGAUAAUAAAGAAUCUAAUCUGAAAUUUAACGAGGAUACGAAGGAGAACAAAAGUCAUAAAAGCGAGAUUGAUUAUUCUAAAAACAUGGAGCUUUACAAUCAUAGAACAGGUAAAAGAACGAUUAGACAACUCACUUCCAAAGAGAGCAGCAUAAAACCGAAGCGUUUGAAUUUCAGCGAAAGAGAAUCCUGA